UGCAGCAUGCGGAUAGUUGACAAGUUUAGAUAUGAUUGAAGACAAUGCUCAAGCAAUGUUAUUUCAAAUGAUGCAAUGAAUUUCGCAAAGUCUAUUUCAAGUGUGUCUGGUCUGGCCAUUCGGUCAUUCCGUUUGCAAUGCCGAUCAGUGAGCUUCAAAAGUGUUUCAACAGUAAAAUUACCAAGUUCCGGAUUACAGACGUUGUCAAGAAAAAAUCGAUUGCCGGUACUAUCACCAUGUUUGCAACGUUCAGUGCAUUCAUCUCCUAAUCACCAGAACAGUCUUCGGCCGAAUGCACUGGUUGUUAAGAAGCGACCAUUACGUAAAAAACGACUAGAUGAACAAGGCAAAGAGGGAAAAUUCAAUGUUUUUGCCUAUGCCACGGCCGACGAAUAUGACCUUGAGUCACUGCACACAGCACUAACCAAACAGGAUUUGUACGAAACGAAAAAAUUUUACACAGAAGGCGGUGAAGAUGUGCUACAUGUGCGGUCGAAAAUCAACAUUGAACCAGAACCACGGGACAUUUUCUUCUUUCGCGAAGGCAGUGUCGUUCUGUGGAAUUGCAGCGGACCAGAAACAAAAACAAUUUUACGGAAUUUGAAGCAGUUUGAAAUCAGCCCAUAUGAUGAUGCGGUUAUAAAGGCCGAAAAAGAAUUCAUGAAUUAUGCUUAUGUCGAUGAUCGAAGUGGUUGUUUGAAAGAUGAAACAUUUUAUGUGCAACUGAAUGUAGAAGGCGAUUUGGAGAAGUACACCUUUUCGAAUGCAAUGACAAGCUCGGUGAAAUUGGCCAUUUGGGAAGCAAUUUUGGACGAUUACAUCGAUGGACUGGCCACCGUAACGUGCGAUUUAAAGGAUGGACGUCGAAUCAAAAUGUCACGUGCAUCGAUUCUUCAGAAGACUGGUCAAUUAUUCGCGCUAAAGCAUUUAAUCAAUUUGGAAUCGGAUUUGUUAGAGACGCCCGACUUUUACUGGGAUCGGGAGGCACUCGAACAACUGUUCACAAAAACGUGUUCCUACUUUAGUAUUUCACGGCGGAAGAGGGUGAUCAAUGAAAAAAUCAGCCACUGUAUCGAGCUCACCGAAUUGAUUUCAUCUAAUUUAAACGAUGCGCAUCACGUUCGCUUAGAAUGGAUGAUCAUCGUCUUGAUUAUGGUCGAAGUUGCAUUUGAAACAAUUCAUUAUAUUGAUCGUUAUGUUGCAUCUGGUUCAGAAAAUUCAAAAUCAAAUUAGAUUUUAAUGUGUUUGUUAGAAUAAUUGAUUCCUGUACAAUUUAGAUUGUAAACAAGUCUUUGAAGACGAAAAAUUAAAAUCCGUUUUUUUUUUAAAUUUAAAAACCAAA